ACCCCCACGCCCUUACUUCUUUUCUCCCUUUUCUUCUCUUUUCUAUCUUUUUUGGACAGGGCCGGAUUACUCAGCACUAUGAGUACCAUUCAAAAUUUGAAGAAUUUCAUACGUCAUGGGAAACAAGCCCGCUUGGUAACUCCCCAUGCCGAGCCAACCACCAAUGUUUCGCCCAUACAUGCCGAGCAUCAACGCCAACCCCAAGGCUCGUACCCUCCUGCCGCAGGUAACCUAGAUGCAAUUGACAGCAGGCUUGGGAACGGUCAAGCUCAAGCACCGCAAAAGUCGGCAGCGGACUCUCAGACGAAGCGAGUCCGUGAUUUGGAGAUCGAGCAGAUUGUCGCCGAGGAGAGAAGCCAACGAAACAAAAUGCCCAAGUAUCCAGGACUGGAGCGCUGGAUCUUGACGGACAAGAUGGGCGACGGCGCCUUUAGUAACGUCUAUCGCGCCAAAGAUUCUACGGGGGAGCAUAAUGAAGUAGCCAUUAAAGUCGUCCGCAAGUUUGAAAUGAAUAGCAAUCAGCGCGCCAACAUUUUGAAAGAAGUUCAAAUCAUGCGCCAAAUAGACCAUCCGAACAUCGUCAAGUUGAUCUCCUUUUCUGAAUCACGCCAAUAUUACUAUAUCAUUCUGGAACUCUGCCCUGGCGGCGAAUUAUUCCAUCAAAUCGUACGGUUAACCUACUUCAGCGAGGACCUAAGUCGACAUGUCAUCACUCAAGUUGCAAAAGCAAUUGAGUAUCUGCACGAGACUUCCGGCGUCGUCCAUCGUGAUAUUAAGCCGGAGAAUCUCUUGUUCUAUCCUAUUCCAUUCGUUCCAAGCAAGAACCCCAAGCCUCUUCAACCCGGUGAUGAGGACAAAGUCGAUGAAGGGGAGUUCACCCCCGGAAAGGGGUCCGGCGGGAUUGGUGUCAUUAAAAUUGCCGAUUUCGGUCUCUCCAAAGUCAUCUGGGAUAGUCAAACUAUGACUCCUUGUGGGACUGUUGGUUACACAGCCCCGGAGAUCGUCAAGGAUGAAAGAUACUCGAAGAGUGUCGAUAUGUGGGCUCUGGGCUGUGUGCUUUACACUCUCCUCUGUGGUUUUCCGCCUUUCUACGACGAGAGCAUCCAAGUCCUAACGGAGAAGGUGGCGCGCGGCCAGUACACCUUCCUGUCGCCGUGGUGGGAUGACAUCUCGAAAGUUCUUGGCCCACCCGUGGAUACGUGGAAGCGACGAAGAAACCCAGGCGGCCACAGACGCUCCCCCCUGACGACUCCUCUGCCUUCCGCCCGUCAACAGCCGUUGGACGCCUUCGCGGCGGACCAGGCACCAUAUGCCCCAGCCAGUGCUCGACUGUCGGACCAACCCUCUGCCGGCUUGGAACGCCCCAUGGACUUCCGGUCGCCGGGGGCGAUCAAUUUGCGCGAGGUCUUCGAUGUCGGCUACGCCGUCCAUCGUCAAGAAGAAGAAAGUAAGCGGCUGAAGACAUCCCGCGGCCGCGGGGCCAACCCGACCACCGGGUUCCAGUCGGCUCUGAAUCCACUCAACGAGGAUUAUGACGAGGAUGUCCCCCAAGUCACAUACCAGCCCAUUCACCAGAAUGAAUAUGCGGCGCCGAAGGUCCACAAGAACUCUCAACAGGCUCGAGAAGUGGCUGCAAUGGAAGCCAAAUUACGAUCCACAAAUCUGGGUACUCAGCCGAGCGCUGCCGCCCAAGCACGACAGGCAUACCAGCCUCGACAGCCGCAGCAGGGCUACGGCACACACAGUGCUAAGGUGGCGGCGGCAGCGAAGCAGAAUAUCGCUCGGGCGUCGCGGCAACCUUUCGAACUCAGUCUGGAUAACGCGACAUUGUUAGAGAGGAGAGGUAGACGGCACCAGGUUGUCUAA